CUUUACAGCCGCAACCCAUCACUGUACAGUCCACCGGCACACGCUUAUCUGCAGGAAUGGAGUAACGGCGUGGCCUGGAUACUGCAAAGAAAGGUCACAUCUGGAGAAUCAUCUGGGAUAUUUUCAAAAGAAAAUCUAAAGAAUUAUAAAUAUAAACAUGGACUGUAAAGAGGAGAACAGUGACUCUGACAGCGGGAUCAUUUUAAACUCUGGCCUGGACAGUCCCACAUCCCCAGUGAAGAAUCUGAGCACUCAUACACGUGCUAUGAGACAGAAGCAGCAGGCCCUGGAAGACAGACUGGAGCUGUGUGUCCUGGAGCUGAAGAAACUCUGCAUCAGAGAGGCUGAGCUUACGGGAAAACUGCCCUCCGAUUACCCUCUACUGCCUGGCGAGAAGCCUCCGCAGAUCCGCCGACGAAUCGGAACUGCUUUUAAACUGGAUGAGGGUUUUAUUUCACAAGAUGGCGAGGAAUCUGAGCUGCAUGCACUGGAGACUGAUCUGGCCCUGCAGCGGCAGAUUUAUGAGGCAGCCCGAAAGCUCUCCCUCGAGGAGCACAUCAGCAAACCAGUGAGAAAAAGCCGACUGCUGCAGUGUAAACGUGAAGAGAAGAAACUGAAAGAGCUGCAGGAUACUGUACUGAAACACUGCAUUAACCAUGACUGUGUUUCUUCACAGACAUGUUAUUCAUCCAGGCAAAAAGAUAUGUGUAUGUCAGAUGACAGCUCGCUGUCUUACGCUGUUGACUUGGAUGAUGAUUCAGACACCACUCCCUUGUCUCUUGCUGUUCUGGGGUCUUCUACAGACAGUGGUUUCCAGCGUCUGACACUUUUGCCCAAUAAUGUCCCAAAGCAAUCAAGCUCCAGCUCCCAUCUGGACUAUGAGCCCUCACCCAUCCAGAACUCUCCUUGGAAGGAAUCCAGCCUGGACCAACCCUAUCAGAAACAAAAGGCGUCUUUCUCUGCAUGCAGCAGCCGCUCAAGCAGCAGUCCAACAGCCUCGCCAACAGACAUUAGACCGGCAGAGCUUCCUCCACCACCUCAGUUUGUGUUUAAGAGCCUGCCGGUGCGGAACAAUCAGCCAAACAGCACCCCCUCCACUCCAGAGCUGCCACUGCGCCGACAGUUCUCACAAUCCUUCAGACUCACCAAAAGUAAACCAGAAUUGACCAAGACCAACUCAGACCUGGGGCGGGGCCGGACCAAGUUACCACAUCGACGAGUGACAGAUUUUGCCUUGGCCUACUCAGUUCAGCGUUUGUACCAGUGCAGCUCUGAUGACAGCAGCUCUGAGCUUUCCAUUUCCUCCUACAGCAGCUCGUCCAGCAGAGAAAUGACCACCGAGGCACCCAAACCUUGUCCACCUCCAUAUGGCUACCACUGCACUUCCCCAAAUCAACCACAGAGCCAGCUCAGUGCCCACAGGCCACCUAAAAACAACAACAACUUACCUCACCUUGUGUCCAGCCCCAAACAAGUGAAGGUUAUCAAUGGGACAUCACUGGAAGCCAACAUGGAAAGGCUGCAGCUUGAACCAAACUCCCCACUAGGUACUGCACGUAACUCCAAACCCACAAAUAAACCCCAACACGUGGAGGUUACAUCGCCUAAACGGAUGCUCAAACCACCCCCACCAUAUAAAAAGGUGGUCCGCACUACAUCACUAAGAGAAUACCCCAGUCAUCUAGGCCAGGCACUUCCUCGACAUGUGGUAUCGGGGGAGCUUAAAACCUGGCACCAGAAAAACAAUGUAGGUCCGUUCAGGCCUCACUUACUUGAACGGCAAGGAUCUAUCCGAAUUACGUGCCCAGAGCCUCCACCCUACCACCAGAUUCCCUCUCACAACCAGGUUCCUCAGAAAGUGAUUCUGCAAAGGGCUUUAGACGGAACUCCGCUGCAGUGGUAUGAAGGGGAAGAUGCCGAGAUUGUGAGUCAGGUGUGACUUGGAAGAAACUGCACAGAGCACAAACUAUCUCCUCAAUGU